CUCAACUGAAAAUGAAAACUUACUUGAGGUAUAUCACACUCAUCUUUAUAGUGGUCUUUUCAUUUACAAUAUCAAAGUGGCUAUUUGCUGACAAAACAUCAAAUGUAUAUAAAUCAACUGAACAUAAUCAUAUGACACAGGAUAACAGUCUGAUUGACAGAGCUAUUUUAAGUAAGGCUAAAAUGUACCAGAAGACAUGGGAAACUAGCACAAAUGUUGAAACAGCUGUUAUAUGUGGAAGUGAUGACAACACUUCACUUUCAGGUUAUGAAGAAGAUGACCGUGACAAUGACUUGAUCAUGUACAGUGAAUGUGGAAAAUGUGGAAGUGGAACCCUCAUUGCAGUAUUAUCUAGAGCAUGCCACGAGAGCAAGGUGUAUCAUACAAAAUACACAAUCCCGUUACCUGAAGAUGAUGUGCUGUCUACAGUUGAGCUCAAGUUAAAUUAUGUCAGGGAAACAAUCUUAAAGAAAACAAGACCUUAUAUUUUCACUGGGCAUUCAUCUUUUAUAGAUUUCAAAGAAAUCGGGCUACAACAGCCCAUUUAUAUCGACCUAGUUCGUGAUCCAGUCAAUAGAUGGAUAUCACUGUUCUACUACAUGCAACAAAGUAACCAUCACAAGGGGCAAUAUCCUAAAUCGGUGGAUUAUUGUAUUAAGCUUUGGAUAACAGAAACCUGGUGUUAUAGAUCAAAAGACAUUGUCAAAUGCUUACAAAAUAGUCCAUUUAAAGGAUGCAAAUAUGGAAUGGUUACUCCAGCCUAUAAACGCUGGUUCACUGGGAGGUACACUAACUCAACUACAUGGUCAAUAGCAAGAGCAAAACAUAAUAUAGAACGUUAUUAUAAGUUCAUUGGCCUUACUGAACAUUUUAAUGAUACCUUAAAAGGACUUGAAAUAAUUAUUCCACGUUUUAAACAAGGAAUUCUCACAGACGUGUAUAGAAAUACAACGAAUAAAAAUGUAGGUCAUCACAACCCCAAUCCCAGAAAUUCAACAUUGGUGUUAAUGAAAAAGUUAUUAGUUGAUGAUUAUGAUAUAUAUGAGUUCAUACGUCAACGAUUUUACAUUCAAUUAAAAUGUUUAGGAAUCAGAUGAUUAAAAUUACA